UAAGUUAUGGCAUCUAUGGCCCACAACCGAUGCAUGCGGGGACGGUUCCUUGCGCUCUCGUAAACGAACAAAGCAUUGUUGUCUCAGGAUCGAUUGUCGCCUUGCGGGACUCACACCGUCGCGCAGCGCUCGCUUUUAACACGCCAUCCCCCCGUUUAGACACGCACGCGGUCAUGCUGUGAGCCAAGCGCUGUUGAAGACGUCAGCCAAUGGGAGAAAACCGCCGCGGUCUGCCAGAAACGCUGCCAUCUUGGUGCACAGCGACGCACGAACAGCUCAGCGCCGACUGUACGUUUGACACCGUCGGCUUCAAUGCUGCCUGGUUCAUUUUCCAUUUUCUUCGCUUCGUAGGACGCGACUGAGCAGCCACAACCAAGCUACUAAAACCAUGAGUUUCGCGUUGAACGUGACUGUACCGACGGCGCACGACGCACGCUACUUCGACAAUAGUUGGCUGCAGAUUGGUCAGGACCUGCGCACGCAGCGCUGGAAGACCGUGGUGAACAUCGACCGUAUGCUGCGCAACCACCACCCACACGAGGUGCUCACUCACGUGGAGCAGAACACCAACUGGAGUGCCAAGACGUUCACGCUGGCGCUCAAGGUAGAACGAAUUAUCUUCGAGGCUGCGACCUCACGAGAGAGCUACCUAGACGAGAACACACUGCAUGCUCGUGUUACUCAGGUAUCGCGUCGGCUCAUCGAUCUACGCAAGCGCAAGAAUAUGGUCAAAUUCGGCCUCCGCUUACCGCGCCACUUCAUGCUGGCCAAGCGUCAAUGACAUUGAGCGCGGCAACGGCACGGCACCGAACCACUUAGGUAAAUAGCUCCGCUGACAGUGUACAGGAAUUAUUUAGCUCAUGCAGCUCUGAAAACUAUACUUAAGUAAUAAAUAAGUGAAUCAAUUCUAGUUUGAAGAAAAACUCGAGUCGAAUUAAACACUACUCCGAGUAUUACAUAUCCAGUGUGUGCAUUUCACAC